AUGAACUGGAGGCAUACAAAGGGGUUUAAUGAAAUUGAAGAUCUCUUGAAACGUGUUAGGGAUAUUGAGCUACUAUGUGUAUCUGCUGCGAGAAUUGAUAAGAGUUCUAAUAUUGAAUCGGAAUAUACCAAACACAAGAUUAGGUUAUUCGAGUUAUAUAAUACAGCAAGCACAAUUUUAGAUGGCCUUGAGAGUAAUACAAACCAAACAAAGUUUUUGAUCAAAAUUAAAUUAGAAGAUUUAAUUAAUCAGAUGAAAAUUGAAAUACAGGAAUUACGAAAAAUACAUAACAAAUACUACUCUCCAAAUUUACAUAUUUCCGGGUUGGCUAAAAAAGAUGAUAAAUUUCUGGAAAUUGAAGAUUACGAAAGAGAAUUCAUUGCAAUCACUCAAUCAAGGUUUAAUAAAUUGUUUGUCAAUCCGUGCUCAAAAAUGGCUCAUUCAUUAACUCUUAAUGAUUUCAUGCUUAGAUCUGAUUCAGUUAACAAAUUUGAACAUAAAGUGAUUUCUAAUUUAGAUAUGGCGAAGAUUAAUGAAUGGAAUUUGGAAAAUCAGAGAAUAGAUGAAGAUAUAAAAGAAAUUGGGAACACGGCAUUAAGAAUUGCUGAUAGAGCGGAACGGCUUGGCUGUGAGGCCAAGACACACAGUAUUAAGAUAGAAGAAAUUAAGGGCAUUACGGAAUUCGCCACGGCUGACAUUGCCAAUUUGAAUAGGAAGGUUCAGGAAAUAAUAGGUACAAAUAGCAACACCACCUUCUGUUGUAGAAUAACAUUGGUUAUACUGGUCUUUAUCUCUAUUUCAAUUAUUAUUGUAUUGAUAUUUAAAAAACUAAUUUAG